AUGAAAUCAGAUUGCAUGCAUAAUUCCAAUUACUACAAUAAACAUUCAAUAGCAAAAUUAUUAAACAAACAAAAAUGUUAAACUUUCACAGAUCAACACAUUUAUACUGAAACUAAGGAAGAAUUUCACAAAAGAUAAAGAGAUUAUGAUCAAUUAUAUAAAUAUUCUUGUAAUCCUCAAGAAAUUGCAGUUACUUCUAAAUAUAAAAAUUAUUCAAGUGCUGCCAAUUAAAUUAAAUAAGUUUUUCUUUAGAGAAGGGAAAACUUGAAGAAUUUUUUUAUUGAUAAUGAUAAACAGGCUGAUUAAUAACAGAAAUCAAUUCAAACAAUUGCAGAGUUCUUAAGAAAUCAGAAAAAGUUGGUAUAAGAUAAAUAAAUAACUUUUGAACCAAAGAUGUAGUAAUUUAACUUAAUAUUAAUUUUGGCGAUUCUUCUUCCAAUUUUAUGCUUUUUGACUGUAUUGGCUGAGCUAAGGUGA